AUGGCCGACCAACGCGUCAUCGACCUCGUCCUGAACCACGACCUCAUAACCUGGACGGCGCGUUUGAGGAGAGGGCACCAGGCCAACAUCGCCAAUGACCAAGAGCACCACUGGCAAAACUACAGGAUCGGCGGCGAGAAGGACAGCGACGGCCUGUACAGCAUCGUCAACAUCCGCAUCGCGGGCGAGUGGUACUCCAAGUUCCUCCACGACCACGAGAAGACGGACGACUUUGACGCUUUGGUGGCCUCCACCAAGAGUUACUUGUUGUAUGUGCACGGGGCCGUCUGA